UCCUUUCAGAAAGCUGAGAAUGGGGCACAUAUGUGGUUUAUUAUUACCUUCCUGCUUUUAGAUGAGGAUCGUCAUCUUCCUAGGGAGCUUAGCAACCCCACUGUCACCAGAACGGACUCUACCUCACCUCCCAGAACCAGCGCUGUCUUCCAAGGCGGAUUUUUUGAAAGGAUUACCAGUCUACAACAAAAGCAACUUCAGCAGAUUCCACGCGGACUCUGUAUGUAAAGCAUCAAACAGAAGACCGUCGGUAUAUCUUCCCACGAGAGAAUACCCAUCUGAACAAAUUAUAGUAACAGAAAAGACAAAUAUCCUUUUGCGUUAUUUACAUCAGCAGUGGGACAAAAAGAAUGCAGCAAAGAAGAGAGAUCAAGAGCAAGUGGAAAUAGAAGGUGAGAACUCGGCGCCGCCACGAAAAAUCGCUCGGACAGACAGCCAGGAUAUGAACGAGGACACUUAAACCCUCGGGCCUCUCCUCUUCUACUUUGCAGGCGCUUCCCGUUUUGUCUCAAAGUGUGUCAAUUUUGCCCCUUGCCCCCAUCUCUCACCCCUCCACUAUGCAGCCCAAACCACUUCUGACUUCAUAGGAGCCAAUGUAUUUAUUUUUAUUUCUCCUUUCUUUUUUUUUUAAUUUAUGCCGUAAAACUUGCGGAGCAGUGGUGGAACAAUCCAGUAAAACGUGUAGUGUAACCUUAGUUCCUCCUUUCUAACAACAUACACUGUCACUUUAACAGGUUUUGUUAAAUCUGUUACCUAAUCAACCAGCUCUAGCUGUGGAAGCCUGGG